AUGUGUAACGGCGAAUCCACACGUACAUCCCAAGGAGGAACCAUUGCGAUUUUGAAACCUAUAACCCCGAUAUCCUCCUCAAAUGAUGAACUUCGUCCUUGUUUACAGCGAGAACUUUCCCUCAGGUUAUCACCAUCUUCAUCAUCAGGAGCAACAACAACAACAACAACAACAACAGCAACAACAACAAAAGCAACAAUCACCGGCCUCUCAAAUUUCCACUCAACAACCUCCAAAGCAACAGAAAGUUAUUUUAUAAUCCAUCGAACAGGAGAUCUCCGACAUGAUUCUCAAAACCACCACCUAGAAGACUCAUGUAUCCUGCAUACAUUCAAAGUCCCUGGAAAUACGAUUGAUCAAGUUUCGUUUUGUUUGGGGAAGGAAUUGGAUUUGGGGGUUGGUGGGGAUGAAGGGGUUAUUGGACGACGGGUGAGUUUUUUACAAGGGGGGAGGGUUUUGGGGGAGGGGGUUAUGGGGUGGAAUUGA